AGGGAGCUUCCUUUUCAGCCAAAAACACUUUAUUAUUAUUAUUAUUAUAUAUAUAUUUUUUGCAUAACAACAAAAAACAGUAUACAACAUUUGGAAAGGUGAAACGCAAUGUCUGUUGUUUUUUUUUUUGCUUAAGAAACAAAACAUUCACUUAGAGAUACCCCAAUACUCUAAUGACAAUCAAGAUUCUAAUUCAGGCAAAGUAUAUGUUUAAAAAAAAAAAAAAAAAAAAUGAUUCACACGAACAAAUCUCCAACAUUUGCACGUGACACUUUAAAAAAAAAAAAAAUUUUUAUAACAAGCAAAACCAACAUUUGGAGAUGCAUCUGAAAGACAACUUGUUUUGCGUUAAAAACAAAAACAAACCUGAUGGUUGAAGACAAAGGUGAAAUACAAAAUCGUUUGGUUGUUCCACAAAAAUACAAAAAAUGGAACAUUUAGAGCCUCUGGCCAACAGCUUCAUAGCGCUUCAACUAGUAUUUAUUUUUUUGGUAACUAAUAUUGAUGACUUCAUCAGUUUAUUCAUAUAUGCAUAAAUGUAACAAGCAUAAAAAAAUUUAAAAAAAUUAGCAAUCCUUCUUUUUAACUGAAACAGCAGACGUUUGUAGUUGUUUUUAUUUUGCAUAAAAAGCAAACCUCAAAAAUAGUUCUCAUCGACAUACAGCUAAAAUGCACAUGCUUUAGUUGUUUAUUUGCAUAAAAACGCAAAACAAUCCAACAUUUGGAGAUACAGGCAUUGCAAUGGAAUGCGACAAGUAGGCCGCACACCUCCGCCAUCGGCCAUAAGUUGCAAAAAAAAAAUAAAAAAAUAAAAAAUCUUCAUCGCUAUCUGCCUUGCCAACAUUUGCUACAAAAACUAAAUGACAAAGAUGAAAAGUCUUCGAAAGAGGUCAUCGAGUCAAAAGUGACACAAAUCCAUAGCGGAAAGUUUUCCAAAGUCGUAUGUUUCAUUGACACCCUCUUAAUGAUGUGACUCUUUAAUGAAUGUGUGAAUUAAAUUGCAGCUAAAAAAGUGGAGCUAUACAGUCAGAGGACACCAGUGAACAUGCUCCUGACAAAAAAACCUCUUUGAUUGGCCUGCUAAGAAAAGGACUUGCAAGAGCUUCUCGACCAAUUGGAAUUAGCACCUAGUUUAGCAUUCUUAAAAGAAAAAGAGAACAUCUUGCUACUUUUAACAUCUGUGACAGUUAACACUGUCGCUGCUGCUUUUUCAUUCCAACCCUCACAUACUUCUGCUUCAGGAGACAUGGUGAGUGUGAUAAAGGUUUUUUUUUUUUUUUUUUGUACGUAUAAAUACAUAUUGAAUAAUAUAAAACAGCUUCGACUUUUUAGGAAAGUGUAAAAUAGUGACUCUUUAGUAAAGUACAACACGAGUAGUUUAUCUUCGUUUUGAGGAAAGUACAACACUAGUUUGUCUUGAGGAAAGUGCAACAUCAAUAGUUUGGUUUUAAGAAGGUACAAAACCAGCAGUUUGUCUUCUUUUUGGGAAAAUUUAACAUCAAUAGUUUCUCUGCGCUUUUAUGAAAGUCAGCCAUUUUGUUUUCAAGCCACCAUUUUCGGGGAUUUCCGGCAUUUCCCACUCGGUAAUUCAUCUGGUCGUCACUUGUAGUUGACUGGACUUUUAUGAGGUGAAACCUGUAGGUUUUUUCGAACCUCAUUCCCCACCCCCCCCCUAAAUUAUUAUGGCUGCGUUUGUGGUAAAUCACGUUCAGCAUGAACUAAAAUAAUAUCAUCCGAGGACUGCUUCACAGCAACUCCUAUAAAGAGUUGUUUUCCCUCGUUAGCGCGAGUGUAUCUCGAUACACGUGGGCCAAGCUGGCGUCCAGAUCGGCAAUGCCUGCUGGGAGCUGUACUGCCUGGAGCAUGGCAUCCAGCCGGACGGCCAGAUGCCCGGCGAUCAGGUCUUCGGAGGCGACGCUUCCUCCAACACCUUCUUCAGCGAGACCGGGUCGGGAAAGCACGUCCCCAGGGCGGUUUUUGUGGACCUCGAGCCCACCGUCAUCGACGAGGUGCGCACCGGAACCUAUCGCAAACUCUUCCAUCCGAAUCAGCUGAUCACAGGUAAGGAGGAUGCGGCCAACAACUACGCCCGCGGGCACUACACCAUCGGCAAAGAGAUCAUCGACCUGGUAGCUGACAGGAUACGCAAACUGGCCGACUUGUGUUCCGGCCUGCAGGGUUUCCUGGUGUUCCACAGCUUCGGCGGCGGCACCGGCUCGGGUUUCACCUCGCUGCUGAUGGAGCGUCUCUCCGUGGACUACGGCAAGAAAUCCAAGUUGGAGUUCUCCAUCUACCCGGCGCCCCGGGUGUCCACCGCCGUGGUGGAGCCCUACAACGCCAUCCUGACCACGCACACCACGCUGGAGCACUCGGACUGCGCCUUCAUGGUGGACAACGAGGCCAUCUACGACAUCUGCCACCGGAACCUGGACAUUGAGCGUCCCACGUACACCAACCUGAACCGGCUGAUCAGCCAGAUCGUGUCGUCCAUCACCGCCUCCUUACGUUUUGACGGCGCCUUGAACGUGGACCUGACCGAGUUCCAAACCAACCUGGUGCCUUACCCGCGCAUCCACUUCCCGCUGGCCACCUACGCCCCGGUGAUCUCGGCCGAGAAGGCCUACCACGAGCAGCUAUCCGUGGCCGAGAUCACCAACUCGUGCUUCGAUCCCGCCAACCAGAUGGUGAAGUGCGACCCGCGCCACGGUAAGUACAUGGCCUGCUGCCUGCUGUACCGCGGCGACGUGGUGCCCAAGGACGUCAACGCCGCCAUCAACUCCAUCAAGAACAAGCGCACCAUCCAUUUCGUGGACUGGUGCCCCACCGGCUUCAAGGUGGGCAUCAACUACCAGCCGCCCACCGCCGUGCCCGGAGGCGACCUGGCUAAAGUGCAGCGGGCCGUGUGCAUGCUCAGCAACACCACCGCCAUCGCGGAGGCCUGGGCCCGCCUGGACCACAAGUUCGACCUAAUGUACGCCAAGCGCGCCUUCGUGCACUGGUACGUGGGCGAGGGCAUGGAGGAGGGCGAGUUCACCGAGGCCCGCGAGGACAUGGCGGCCCUGGAGAAGGACUACGAGGAGGUCGGCGCCGACACGGUGGACGACGCCCCCGAAGACGGCGAAUAUUUUUAAAAAAAAAAAGGAAAGCUUUGAUUGCUUGCUGUGAAACGGCAAAAGUGGAUCAGGACUAAAGGGGGCGGAUCUUCCGCCAAAUGUCCCCGAUCGAUUCAAUGGGAAGAUUAAGGAUCGAUUAAUAUAUGAAUUGAUGUUUUAGUAUAUAUAAAUUGAUCCGAAUUAUGCUGCUUGGUUUGGAAGAUUAAAAAAUGGUGGUUGACAUGUACUAUUCUGAACUCAAAGUCGGUUGCUUUCAUGGCCUUAAUUGGAAGAAACUUAUUACUAUUAUAAACUGAUUUCGUUCAAAAUCAGUAGCUUUAAAAUUAGUAGGAAUAUUUAUUUUUUUGUUUUGUUUAAUAGAAACUGUUUAGGUGCGAUAUUUACAAUUUCAAGAAAGAUCAUUUUUACAAUGACUGGAAUUUUUAAAUUUGUAAAAAAAAAUAAUAAUAAUAUUGGCCGGAAUAGUUACACAUAAAAAAACAAUUGUGGGAAAUUACAAAUGAGCUAAAUUUAAAACAGAUUUGCUUGUGAAUUUUUUUUAAAAAUAAUUGGUUGAAUAUUUAUCAAUCAAAUCUGCAAAUAUUUGGAAUUUAUACAAUUUUUAUUGUGAAAUUUUGACAAAUUUUGCUAAUGUGAAACCCAAAAAAGUUGCUGAAAUUGUAUGUAAAUAUUGUGAAUUUUCUUCUUUCUGUAAUGUAUAAUUCAAAAUGUGUAUUUAAUUAGCGUGUAUGGAAAAUGACCUUUUAGUGGAUGUUCAGGAAGCUUGAGUUGGUUGCUGUGAAACGGAUCACGACUAAAGGGACGGUCUGAUCGAUUCAUUGGGACAGUAGCUAUGGAAUAUAUGGACUGAUAUUUUUAUAUUCAAUGAAAUAUAUUGAUCAGCAUUCAGAUCAAUAUAUUGGAUGUACAUGCAUUCUUUGAGUUUUAAAUCUAACCAAAUUGGAACAUCUCAUUCGAUAUUUGGACUUUUCUAGCCCUUACAAAGCAAAAACUAAAAUAAUAAUUUAAAAAAAUAAAUAUAAAAUGUGUAAUCACGAUAUUAGUAUGUUAAUAGCUGGAAUACAACGUGGCAUCUUUUCCCAUUAAGACUGACUUGUAAUGGCUAGAAUGCUGAAUUGCCAAGUUCAAGUAUUGUGAAACCAAUUUUUUUUUUUUUUUAAUUAGCUGGAUUUGUUAUAGUUUAUAUAUAUAUAUAUAUAUAUAUAUAAUAGUUGGUAAAUAUUAAAUUGUAGUUUUAGCUAACAAAAGUAAUCAUAAAAAUGUGAAAUACAUUUUAAAUUCGCUGUGUUGUUUAGUAUUUGAAAUAUUUAUUUAGCUGGAAUCCUAAAAUGAAAAAGUACCUGGAAUAUUUUUAAAGAGUCAAUUAGAUAAUGUGAAAAUACUUGUAAUUAGCUGGGGUAUUGACAAAUUCAAAUGGAAAUUAUUUUUCUUGAAUUAGCUGAAGUUAAACAAAAUAGUGUAUUUUUUAAGUGUGAAAUUUAAAUCAUCUGUAAUAUUUGUAAUUUAUUUGUAAGAAUUCUGAUGUAAUAUAGAUUCAUAUAUGACCUGGGUUCUUUAAAUGUUUAAAUAUUUAUAUUUUUAAUGGGUAUUAAACGUUCAAAGGGUAAAAAAUGCAGAAGUUUGGAUAAAUCCAAAAAGAUGUGAAAUCGUUUUUUUGUUUUUUUUUUCCUGUCCACGUAUGCAAUUUUUAUUUUUAUUUUUUUCUCCCUGGAUGUUUUUCUCACUUUGAGUGUGUGGAUGCUGGUGGUGGUAAAGUUCCAUGUGGGUAGUGAGUGCCAUGUGCUUGUGGUUUACUCCUGGGGCGGCCCAAUAAUGAGUUUGUGAAUGAGGAAUUGACCAAAAAAAAAAAAAUGCAGCUUUCUGUUGAAGUUUUUUUUUUCUUUUUUUUUUCUUCUACUGCUUCCAGGUGGCUUAAGAGGAGCAGCAAGCAGCAACGAAGUUUUGUGGGGCAACAGCGACACCCAGAGGGCGAACUACAAAUCGACUGCCCGAACCAAUGAAAGCGCAACAACAACAACUUGGAGGUCAAGCGGCAUCCCGGAAUGCGUCAAUUUCAGACUUAACGUCUCCCCCAAAAAAAAAAAAAAAAAAAAACGUAAGUAAAUGUCCUCUGGUGUAUGUGAAUUUAAAGCCAUGCUUCCACACUCUCCAUCUUCAUUCCUGAAAUUUUUGCGCACGGAUGAAAGUCUUAAAUGCCUCAAAAAAAUUGUAGCAGCGCUGUUUUGAAAGGUGUUAUUGUAGCUGUGAAAGUUGUUCUUGGAAUCCUCCAAUGUGCACACUUCACAGCCACUUGGCCCGACGUUCUCUUCAUCUUCAUCUUUUUUUUUUUUUUUUUUUUUUUUUAUGAUUGAUUUUCCGCCCCUCUCGUCUUCGUGUCACGGCCUAAUUAGGAACCAAACUGGACCGCGGCUGGGAUAGAGCAAUGGAAACCGAAUGGAAUCAGACCCAAUUAGGGAAUGUAUUAGUUCUUGUCAUGUUCAUAGUGGUAAUACAAUAAACAUGGCUUUGGAAUAAUCACAACCAGAAGGGGGGCUGGGUUAAAGCGGCCUGCAAUCAUGCUAACAAUGGCGUUCUCUUUUACGUCUGCACAGUGUUAACGUACACUGAUAACAUGCAUCCUGCCAAAGGUGCUGAGCCACGCUUGGGCUCUGUCAAAACAUUUGAACAAAUGAAUCCCUUUUAGGAAAUGAAAACAAGGGCAGAAGCAUCAGCGUACGGGUUUCAUCGGUUCUGUGACCAUGCUUGUAACUCAAAAAACACUCGUAUCUCAAAUCAUCUUAACCCAUUGAAAUCAACUGAAAUGCCAUUCUUCUCUUCCAACCCCCAAAAACACCAUCGAAAAUGUUUCUGAUGUGAUUUUUAAUAAAAAAAAAAAAAAUCAGUCUAUAGUAUUGUUCCUUAUAUUCAGAAAUCAUACAGUAAUAAUAUAAUUGAAUAUAAUGUAAAUAAUUACAAAGUUUGUGCCUCGUGAUUUCAUGCUUCAAAGCCCAUUGAUGUUGUGCUCCUUCUGGUGUCAUAAAAAAAUAUUUUGCCAAUACAUUUUGAAGAAAAAAAACAAAAACAUUUCAAAAACUCUUCAAAAUUUCUCUCAAAACUGUGGAAAGAACUCCAUAUAUUUUCUCCAUUUGUAGAUAAUAGCGCUCAUUGUGCUGGUUUUGUAACCCUUUACAGACUGACAGAUAUCUAGUACUUUGUUGCUUAUCUGUUCUAGAAUUUCUUUUGAUGGUGCCAUUUUGGUGCAGCUUUUUGAGCUGUUUUGGCCGACUUCAUUUUUCAGACAGGUUCUAUUUUAAGUGAUUUUUUUAUAUAUUUUUUUAAUUCAACAGGUGUGGAGGUAAUCGGGCUUGGGCGUGGUCAGUGAAAAUAAAACCAAAAAAAUUGAUGAGCCACAGUAACAGUUAAUUCUUGAUUAGGCAAGGAGGACAAUUGCUUUUUUUAACACAGGCCCAGGUAGCUUUGAAUUGUUU